AAGAAACAUGUACAUCACCUAUCUAGGUCCUCGGGACUUGUUCAUUUGUGAUCCUAGACUAGAUGUUGUAAACUUAUAAAUUCAUUAUAUAUUUAUAGACUUGUUCAAAAAAUAUAAAUUUAAUUCUGUUAGACUUAUAGGCAUGUACUUUAAAUUGGAAUAAAAAAAUUAUCAUGUAUUUCCUAUUUUUUAACUCUAAUUUUAUACGUUGCUCUUUACGGAACGUUGGUAUUUUUGGAGGAGGCAUUUUUUUUUUGCCAAUAAAGCAAAAGACCCCCACCGGCCAAUAAAUGCAGCUCCUCCUUUCCCUCCUUGACGGCUCCCGUUUAAAUGCGUAAUUAUAGUCCAGACAUAAUUCUUCGAGUGUUGGGAAUUUUUGAAUGCGUAAUUAACAGCUACACGCUUUUUUUUUUUUCUCUCAAUACAGAUGGGUGGGGCGAAUAAAUGUCCGUGCUCUUUGGACGGCACGACGCGUCCAGGGCCCAACUCCAUCGCACGCCCGCCGACUUCGAGCCUAUCUCGUCCACACCCGCCCCGCACCACUCCCUAUAAGAGAAGUCGGAAACGAGCCCAGCCCACGCUCCACGCGCACCUGCGGCUCGGCUGGCAACCAAUCCAAACAACCAGCCCGCCCGCCCUCGCCGCUCGCUGCUCGCCGGCGCUUAGAGCCAAGUAGCCAACACAACACACAUGGCAGCCACCGGCCACGCCGUGGUCGACAUCGACUUCCCCGACGAGGCGGCCGACGCCGCAAAGCCGCCGGUCGCGCCAGUCCCCUACGUGCUCCACUUCGCCGACCUGUCCUACAGCGUGAGGACCCGCAGCAAGGGCGGCGGCGGCGGCCUGCUGCCGUCGUCGUCGUCGGGGCACCGCCGCCUUGUGGCCUCCGCGGCCACGCCCCCGCCCCCUGCGCCGACGUCGUCCGGAUCGUCGUCCAGGCGCACCAAGACGCUGCUCGACGGCGUCUCCGGCGCGGCGCGCGCGGGCGAGCUGCUCGCCGUCAUGGGCGCCAGCGGGUCGGGCAAGUCCACGCUCCUGGACGCGCUGGCCGGGCGGAUCGCGCGGGACAGCCUCCGCGGCGCCGUCACGCUGAACGGCGAGCCGCUCCAGGGCCGGCGGCUCCGCGCCAUCUCCGCGCACGUCAUGCAGGACGACCUCCUGUACGCGAUGCUCACCGUGCGCGAGACGCUGCGGUUCGCCGCCGAGUUCCGCCUCCCGCGCGCGCUGUCUGCCGAGCGGAAGCGCGCGCGCGUCGACGCGCUCGUCGACCAGCUGGGCCUGUCACGCGCCGCCGACACCAUCAUCGGCGACGAGGGACACCGCGGGGUGUCCGGUGGGGAGCGACGGCGCGUGUCGAUUGGGACCGACAUCAUCCACGACCCUAUCCUGCUCUUCCUCGACGAGCCCACCUCCGGGCUCGACUCCGCCAGCGCGUUCAUGGUGGUCCAGGUGCUCCGCCGCGUCGCGCAGAGCGGCAGCGUCGUCGUCAUGACCAUCCACCAGCCCAGCACCCGCAUCCUCGGCAUCCUCGACAGCCUCCUCCUGCUCUCGCGCGGACGCACCGUGUACGCCGGCACUCCCGCCGGGCUCAAGCCCUUCUUCGCCGAGUUCGGCGCGCCCGUCCCGGACAACGAGAACCCGGCCGAGUUCGCGCUCGACACCAUCCGCGAGUACGAGCACCAGCCCGACGGCGCCGCGCCGAUCGCCGACUUCAACGUCAAGUGGCAGCACAGCAGCAGCGCAUCGUUCGCCGCCGUGGACAACAACAACAACAACAAGCUGAUGCCGCUGGAGCUGGCGAUCGCCGAGAGCGUGUCUCGAGGGAAGCUGGUGGCCGGGAGCGGUGGGACGGGCGGCGGGAGCGCGGUGACGGUGCCGACGUUCGCCAACCCGCCAUGGACGGAGGUGUGGGUGCUGAUCAAGCGUUCCUUCACCAACACGGGGCGGAUGCCGGAGCUCUUCGUGAUGCGGCUCGGCACCAUCAUGGUCACCGGCUUCAUCCUGGCCACCAUCUUCUGGCGGCUGGACGACACACCCAAGGGCGUGCAGGAGCGGCUAGGGUUCUUCGCCAUGGCCAUGUCCACCAUGUUCUACGUGUGCGCCGACGCGCUGCCGGUGUUCGUGCAGGAGCGUCACAUCUACCUGCGCGAGACGGCGCACAACGCGUACCGCCGGAUCUCGUACGUGCUGGCAAACGCCGUGGUCGCGUUCCCGCCGCUGGUGUUGCUGUCGCUGGCGUUCGCGGUCACCACGUUCUGGGCGGUGGGGCUGGCCGGCGGCGCGUCGUCGUUCCUCUUCUUCGUGCUCAUCGUGCUGGCAUCCUUGUGGGCGGGCAGCGGCUUCGUCACGUUCCUCUCGGCGGUGGUGCCGCACGUCAUGCUGGGCUACACGGUGGUCGUCGCCAUCCUCGCCUACUUCCUCCUCUUCUCCGGCUUCUUCAUCACCAGGGAUCGCAUCCCGGACUACUGGAUUUGGUUCCACUACCUGUCGCUGGUGAAGUACCCAUACCAGGCCGUUCUUCAGAACGAGUUCGGCGCGGCGUCGCGCUGCUUCUCGCGCGGCGUGGAGAUGUUCGACGGCACGCCGAUCGGGCGCAUGCCGGAGGCCAUGAAGAUGAAGGUGCUCGAGGCCAUUAGCGCCACCCUGGGCACCAACGUCACGGCGGAUACAUGCGUGGUCACCGGCGCAGACGUGCUGGCGCAGCAGGCUGUCAUGGACAUCAGCAAGUGGAAGUGCCUGCUGGUGACUGUGGCAUGGGGGUUCUUUUUCAGGGUUCUCUUUUAUGUGGUCUUGCUAGUAGGGAGCAAGAACAAGAGAAAAUAAGGUAGCACCCACAACAGAAACAUGUAAAGUUAUAGCUCGAUUUGUGUAACUUGUUAGAACGUUUCCAAUGGUUUUUAAAUAGCUGGUCUAAAAAUAAUUCUAUUGGCUAUUUUCUGUGUUCUCAGUUUUAAAUCAAAUGGCGGGACAUUAUUCUUUUUAAA